AUGUCGUCAACAAGUAUCGAACAUGCGGGGAGCUCGCUCGAGGAACAACCGCUUCUGCGACGGGGCAAGAGGAGACUUCCGUCCUUGAACAUCCAGCAUUGGCAUUCUCAUCCUUUCAAAGGUGAUGAAUGGAGUGUGAGGAGUACGAAGCAAAAGACUGCGCAAUUUCUUUCAUCGAAAGCCGGACAUUACUCUGUUUUGAUGCUGGUGUCGCUCGAUGUUCUUAGCAUGAUCGCUGACUUCAUUCUCAACCUGUUCAAGUGUGAGCAAGGCAAGAAGGGCUCAGACUGGGACUUGGCGUUAGAGAUUCUCGGCUCUAUAAGCCUGGUAUUCUCAUGCCUAUUCGUUGUCGAACUCAUUGCCUCUGUCUGGGCAUUCGGCUGGAGAUACUUCAACUCUUGGUUUCAUUGCUUCGACGCCUUCAUCGUCAUCGCAGGCUUCAUUACAGAUGUCGCACUCCGCGGUAUCAUCGAGGAGGUCGCUUCUCUGAUUGUCGUCAUGCGGCUUUGGCGAGUAGUCAAGAUUAUUGAAGAACUUGGCGUUGGGGCUCAAGAGCAAACAGAAGAGCUGAAUGUCAAGCUCGAGAAGGUUGAGAGUGAGAAUGAAGAUCUUAGAAGUGAGAUUUCACGGCUGAAAGGAGCGAUGAAGAAGGCGGGUCUGGAUCAGCAGGUAUUGUGA